CCCAAGUGUCGGCGAGCCGCGAAAACAAGCUUGCUGGCCCUUUGUGGCCGCGCACACAACACUGCUGCCUCUUUGUGGCGGUUGUUCGGGACACGAUCUCGGGUGGGGGACAGGGAGGCAAGUCACGUCCUGCCUCGAUCGUCACGAGUCUGUCCCCUUCCCUUCCUUCACUCCAAGGGCCGAAAGACGGGGUGAUCUUGAUGUUAGGGAUUUGAGUGAUCUUGUCGACUACAUCGUCCACGUCCACGGAUUUCGCCCAGAAGCGAUACAACACUGAUGCUAUAGAACUGCCAGUUUGCGCCGCCAUUCAAAGCAAGAGACAUUCUUCCUGUGAGCUAUGUGAGCUGAGUUUUCUGUGUCGUCAUUCUAGUCUGUCUUUGGGAAUGGAAUUGGAUCAAUCGCCACAAGCGGUGACAGUAACACAGACGAAGUUUUGCUUCUGCUAAAGUAAAGGUCGGAUGAAGUGAGACAUAUUGGAUUCGUGAAGUCUGCACAAUGACCAAACUAUAUACUGAGGAAGCCGAUGGAGCGCCUUACUCAGAGCUGCAGAUGGUGGACCAAGGCACUCCGCCAUUGCUGAGUAAACGGCAGACAUUCUUAAUGAACUUCACACAGUUUGGCCUUAACUUUAUGGUUCUUCUUCUCAGUGUUGUGGUGGUCCCUGCCCAGAUGGAGGCGCUGGUUGGGGGCUCAGCCAAAGGGAGCUGCCUCGGGGGACUGGUUGCCGGAGGAGCAGCUGUGACGUUCCUGGUGAGUCCUAUGAUCGGCAUGGUGAGCGACCGCAUCAAGAGCCGACUGGGCAAGAGGCGACCUGUCAUGCUCAUGGGCACGGCCUUCAUGUGUGUUGGUCUUCUUGGAAUGGCAUUCAGCGCUCCCCAGCUUGUCAUAGAAAGAAGUCCAAAAGGCUCCGAGGAAACAGCAUUCAACAACACAGAGACAUGUAUCCGUGACCUGGCUUUCAAGCGAUGUCUUCCUUUUUCCAACUUAACCGCCUCGACACGUGACAUCCGGUUGACCGGAGGUACCCCGCCAGGAGGAGUGAUCCUCCCUCGCAAAGACGAAGGCGUUGGGUCGGAAAAGAUAAUAGAGGAGGAUUAUCCUGGGAACACAGGUUUAUACAUCUUGUUUUUCCUCAUCGUCAUCUCUUCACAAGCGGCCAUAUCUGUUCCGUUCAACGCUCUAGUUGCAGACAAGUCUCAUCCUUCGCAGAGAGGUUUCAACUCUGGAGUAAUGGGCGCCAUGAUUCUACUGGGGAACGUGUCGGGCGCAGCUGCAGGCUUGAGCUUCACGCACAUUGGAAUUCUUAGCAUCUAUGGUGUUAUUAUUGCUGUCAUUGUUCUCAGCGUAGCCGUCACAGUUGUCGUCACAAAGGAACAUUCUGGAAGAGACGACGGGGAGAAAAAGAAGCUGGGCUGCAAGGUCAUUUUUGCCGGAUUCUGGAGUCCUCUAAAAGAGCACGACUUCCGUUGGGUUUUCAUCACGCGGUUCCUCAUGCAGCAAGGCGUUGCGACAAUCACGGGGUUCUUGGAGUACUGGCUGGAUGACAUGGUGCAGUUGCCGUACUGCUGGACAGCGGCGACGUCCGUGGCUCUGAUGUUGUUGCCGUUGUUGUUUUCUGCCGCCGUCAGCUCUAUCGUCUUUGGCAUUGUGUCAGAUCGAACUGGAGAAGAAAAGCCAUCCUUAUUUUAUGCUGUUAUGGGACAUACGUUUUUAAUGGCUGCAGGAUCCCUCGCAGACGCCUUCAUCAGUGGUCACUCGGCCUAUUACCUGGCUAUUGCCACGGCUUUCCUUACAGGCAUCGGGUUUGGCGCCUUUCAGUCGGUAGACUUUGCCCUCGUGAUGGACGUGCUGCCCGAGGAGCAAGAGAAGGCGAAAGACAUCGCUGUUUGGCACCAGGCUCUCGUUCUGCCUCAAGCCUUGGCCACGCCCAUUGGCGGCCUUGUUCUCGAUCUCUUUGAACGUGUCAACUGUCAGAUUGGCCUGGGAUACAUUGUCCUGUUCGUGAUCACCUCCUGUUACUUUGUGCUCAGCGGGGUCUUCGUUAUAAAGAUCCGCCGCGCCAGGUAGAAAAAGCGAGUAUCUGCCUGAAAUCUUUAUUGACACCGUGUGCAGCCAAAGAUGCUAAUAAGAAAAAAAAAAUCCAAAUAGCCAUACAACAUCGUCUGUGCCAAAUCAUCAACAGACGGAACAUCGACUGUAAAGGCUAUGAGAAAUUUGAGCUUUCACAGUUCAAAGAAAUUUAGCGUGGAGAAAGUAAGAAGUCAGCAGGUCAACAAAAAAAAAAACAAAAACAAACAAACAACAACAACAACAAAAAACCAAACAAAAAAAAAAAACCAAAACAAAAAAAGCAACAAAACUGGGGUGUUGAAGACAUUUCAUGAGAUGGAAAUAUCUGUCCGGUUAUGUUUGUGGUGACAUUUACAAGGUUCACAUUAAGUUCAUGUUAAGAUAUGCUCUGAUAAGUGUAUCAGAUUUUAAAAUUCAAGGAGAAGAGAUUUCAAAUAAUUAAAAGGAAAACUCACAACACUACAUAGCAACCAAUGUCGGAUGCACCGAAGCCUGGAGGGUGAAAGGGCGACCAAAAAUUCUGUGAUAUAGUGAUGUCAAGGAUCACAAGCUAGCCGGAAGUCCGAGAGGCUGUAUGUAAAGAUUUAUCUAAACCUGUGGAAAAAACAGCUCUAAUCAUAAUGCUGAAAAUGUUGUAAUACCUUCUUGAUUUUAUUUGCUUUGGUGUAAUUUUCUCAAAGGGGGUUAAAGACAGUUUUGAUAGGGAAAAGGUUUCCCGUUGCUUUGUGUCCAGUUUCAUGAGAAUACUUCCGUGGCCGAAUGAAUUAUGGGACAUAUGAUGGUCAGGAUGAUGCUGUUGUUGCUGUCGUUGUUGUCCAGUUUCAUCAUUUUCUGAUGUUAUCAGUGUUAUUAAUAAAUGUGACUGAGAAUAAUAUUAUUAGACAAAGCUGUGUUCACUAUAACACUAAUAAUCACACCAAUAUCGGCAACUGAAAUUUACUUUAAGCAAAUGAAGAAAUAUAAAAGCUGUUCAUCAAACAAAAACCUUUUCCGCAUAGAAAUUAAAAUAAAGCAUGCAAAUACCA